AUGAAACGUUCAGACAGGGCCAGCCCCAAGGGCGAAGACUUCUCGCAGGCCUUCCACCUGUACGAAAUGCACUGGACGCCGCGCUGCAUCUCCUUCGCCGUCGACGGCCGCGUCAUCGGCGCACAGGCGCCGCCCCCCGGCGGCUUCUGGAAGCUCGGCAACCUGGACCGCCAGCCGGGCGGCAAGGACAUCUGGGCGGACGGCAGCGACAUGGCGCCCUUCGACAAGCCGUUCUUCAUCGUGAUGAACGUGGCGGUGGGCGGGCGCUUCUUCAGCGACGGCCUCGUCAACUCGCCGCACCCCAAGCCCUGGAACUGGUCGUCUCCGCAGCCCAUGCGCGACUUCUGGGAGCGGCGCGCCUGUUUCUCUUUAGUUUUUCCUUGGUACUUCCUACGUCACCUUCCUCUUGUUCCUCUUCUUCCUCUUGUUCCUCUUCUUCCUCUUGUUCCUCUUCUUUCUCUUCUUUCUCUUGUUCCUCUUCUUCCUCUUCUUCUUCCUCUUCUUCCUCUUCCACUUCUUCCUCUUCUUCCUGUUCCUCUUCUUCUUCUUGGUGCGUGGAACUACGUGCGCGUGUACGCGCGACGGAGAGCAGCGGCUUUUCGCGCGGACAACGCGUGCGCCGACGCCGACGCGCGCGACGCGGCGCACCUACCGCCGCCGCGCCAACGCCGGCUGAGCCGCGCCCCCGCCCCCGCCCCCGCGCCAACGCCGCUCUCGGAAGACGUACAUGCGGAAGCCACUCCGCUGCCGGCGUAGUGUUCCAACACCAACUUCCGUCGAAGACUGCGCGUCGUUCUGGUUUCAAGCAUUCCAACCAUCGGAUAGCAAAUGUGUUGAUGAGGGCAUUAAUGACAACCACUCAGUUCGAUAAUAGUGUGAAACUUUUAUCAGCGUCCGUGUGGUGAUCUUUACCUGAUUCGAUGUUUAUUUCAAUCAUUGGACCCAUCCUAUGUUAUCAAUGUGUUAAUUUAUGUAGGAGCAAUAUAUGAUAUCAAAUGUGUUUGUUAAAACAGUAACGUUGCUUGGCAGUGUUAAACAACGCUACUGUCGGCGACGUACGGCAGUUUUCAAAUCAGUUGUUUUGUUGUUAGGAUUAUAUCUUCUGGACAUCGAAUGUGUUGUUUUGUCGGGAACGAAAGCCUCAUGUAUGCCACUAGGGCUCUACUACAUGUUGAACAUACUUUCACCAAUGACCACACAUUCUUAAAGUAUUAGAAUCAUCGGACAUUUAAUUAAUUAAUAAGUGAAUAAACAAAGUUUUUAUGCACAACAUCACGGAAAUUUUGAUUGUAUACUGCAAUGAUUAGAACUAUCAGACGUGAAAUAUGAUGACAAACGAGGGGAGUAAGAAGCACUCAUGAAAGCCACUCCAGUUAUGUCAUGUUAAACUUUUACUUGGGUGCAUGAUCACUAUUGUUUCAUUUGAUCUAUAUUUCAGAAAUAACAACAAGCAUCAUACAUGAAAUGAGUUGAUUAAAAAUAGAAUGUGCUAGUUAGUUUUCUACGACGCUUUCAUUCAUAAUUACGAUCAAAUUAAUGAAAUUUCGUGUUUGCUUCAAUGAAUAAAAUCAUCAGACACGAAAUGUGUAGAUAAUUUUUCAACGACGCUUGUGUUUUCUAACUGAAAGUGCUAUGAUUAAUUCACGAAAGCACACGCCCUCUUGCGAAUUCAAUAGAGUUUUCACUGCUUUAAGAAACUUCUUUAAACAACCGUACGAAUAAACCAAUGAAAUAUUUACGCGUCGUCGUAGGGACAUGCCAUUAAUAUAUUAUUACAAGUAGUAAUAAAUUGAUGUCAUUCCUGUGCAAAUCAAAGAGAGGUGCGUUGUAGUCGGCGUGCAAUCCAUACUAAGUUCGUACAAGGAGAGGAAACAUCGAUAGAUAGUUCUCAGAGUCUGUUCUGCUGUUGGUCGAGUCCCGCAAUUCGAAUUGCUAUUGUGUUGCACAAAAUACAGGUAUGCCAAACGUGCUACUCUCCGUAAAACAUUAAGACAACUUUGUGAUCAUCACAUUACUUUUCAAUUACGCGGCAAUAUAUUGUAUUUGAUAGUUUAUGCACAUUAACACAAAUAGUGUAUAAUGAUCAAUCGAACAGCCCAAGUUCAUAAGGCAUUGUUAAUUCAAUUUGUAUUGUUUUUAGUAACAUUUCCUACAAAUUUUAUACAUACUUGACUGUGGAAAGUGGUUUUUACACCGCCACGUGUUGGUUGUCCGUCAUGUGUGGUUGAUAACGUUCAAAAGUUAAGAACUUUGUCACACAUUAUUAAAGUAUCCGACCAAACUAACUGAUGUUUCUGCGCUCACAGCUACUUUUCGUUUUAAUUGCUAAUGACAUUGCGUAUGAAAGCUGAUAGAAUUUCUUUUUAAUUAUUUUUUUUCUAAAAUAAUCAAUAAGAAACGUAGAACAAAAUGGAUUGCACACCAUUAUUCAUAUUAAUGAGUUUGUACCUCAGAAUGAAUGAUAGUAACAAUAAAAAAUGUUGGAAACAAUUUUGGAUUCACAAAUAUUUAAUGUUUUCAAAUCACAUUUUGAUUUCGGGUUGGUAAUGUAAAACAAGGGAUAUGUGACACACAUACCACGUAUACAUUGUUGCUAAUAAAAUAUUUGAAAUUAACACAUCAAGUAGGAAUUGCAUACAAAAAAUAAAAGCAAACGAAGCUUUGGAAAUUUAUUACUAUGUUCGCAGACGUUACACUAAGUAAUUUAUAAUUUCAAGUUGCGCAACUUCGCGACAUUCUUAAAUUCUCACGCGUGUCCCAGAACCUACAUUAUAUAUGCUUUGGAAUCACUUCAAUAACAAUUAAUGAAAGUAGUCUUCUUCUGAAACAUUUUUCCAUUAGAAUAUUUUUUAAUUGAAUGUUGAGAGAAUUCAACUGUCUAUAUUAAAGCAAUAAUAAAAUUCUGUAAGUUUUAAUGAAAAAGACCAAUUCUUUACACUAUGAGACAUUUCUAUGGUAAAAAACCGACAAGUGUGUUCUGCUUAGGAGAUAAAAAAAAGGUUUGUCAUUUUGAAAAAGGACUGUUAUUGCACAGUUUAUUGUCAACGAAUCCUGACGUUUCGUGAUGUCCAGAAGAUAGAAUCUCGCAUCGGUAAACGUUUAAUACGGGAGAAAAUCUAUUUUGUUCGCAUAAAAAGGCGCCAACUGCAAAUUUGUGAAUUUGUGGAAUUGGGAUGCAGUAACUACAGCCCUGUCACAGUCGCGCAUGACCUUGUGAUGCGGCUUAUUUUUUUUUUCUGAAUCACGCCAGAGAUUUCGAGCUGAAUACGAAACUGACGUAAACGGAUUUUACGGUAUGUUAUGCUUUUGCGGUCAAAACGUCAAAGCGAUUGGUACGAAAAUAAAAAAAGUUAAUUUAUACAUCUGAUAUGUUUUACCUGUGUGUAAGACUGUAAACUUAACACAUCUAAUUGGAAUGACCAUAACAUGCAUUGACAUAAAAUCAUGGGAGUUUCAAGAGAAGAAAGAGACACACGGCCAAAUCUGCGCACAUUUUCUUGAUAAGCCAAUUUUUUGGAAUCGAUGCAAGAGAAGCUUGCUAUUUCCUCGGCAGAACUACAAAUAAAAUGUCUGGCUUGCCGUUGUAAAACGUUUAUAAUGGAUCGGUGCAAAAAUGUCGCUAAAAAUGCCCCUUACUAUUUUUCAUUCGUAAUUAACGUUAGUUAAGCAAAAGAGAAAAUACAAAAAUGCCUAAGCUCAAGAAAAAGUGCUCAGAUAGUCCAAUUAUUUCGAACAAAAAAGGUUUAUCCUGGCGUCUUUCAUUGACAGCUUCGCGUCGAGGCUGGAAAGCUUUACUUCAAUGGAAUGAAAUGGCUCUGAAAUGGUGGUCAUGAACCGGCUUCAAAGAUCAGGAUUUUAAGCUAGAGCAGCAAAUGUUCUGAAUGAAAUGAAUCGCAUUUCUAAAUGAAAGAAAUGAUUCGUGAAUGGUACGGGUAUAGCGUUUCAGUGAAGAUUCACGAAGAAUACUGAAACGAUUUCUAACAUUGUGAACAUAUUUAUGAAAUGAUUUUACGCUAAUUUUCAAAGAUAAAGUUAAUGAAGUUAUUUAAUUGUACUAGUAGUUCCACGAGGCAAGUAUAAUGGCUGUGAUGUGACCUUAAGUAUCACUUCUUUACAGCAAUGCAAGUGCACGUAGGAAAAAUAACAAUCAGGUGAAAUGUGGUGUACGUAUCUCUCUACAAGAGAGAUACGCACAGCACUACGAUUAAUUAAUUUACUUGGGCAUUUGAGUUCCAGAGAACUAAAACUACUAGUAACGAAAUGAAAAUGAAAUUAAAAUAUAAGAUUUUCCCAAAUUGUAAGAAAACAUUGGUUACACAAUAUCUCGGCGAGACUCGUCUUAAGGAAAUAGUGCUUACGAAGGUAUUUGGAAUAUACUGGUUUGGAAGAAAGGCGUGGAUUCAGUACUGAGAAAGAGAUAAUUAAAAUGAUGUCCAAAAAAAUUAUGUAAAUUAAUGCGAAGUCAUACCGAAGUUAUAGUUUCUCUAAUGUGUUGUAAAAAAUACUUGUCUGAAAAGGAAAUGACUUUAAAUGUAUUAAUUUUAGUGCAAAUAAAAUAUCUGUUACGGUA